UUAAAGAUCCUUCCUCUUACUCAGUAGCAUCCACAAGGGAUUUGAGAGUCUUGUUUAGGGAGAAAAUUUCGGGACAAGUGUUACCUGCCACUUGUGUUUGCCUCUUUGUGAGAUUGUUCUCUCAAUAUUUUGUACUCUCUUUCAUAUAGUGGAUUGCUCAUUUCUGCCCGUAGACGUAGAUCAAUUGACCGAACCACGUUAAAUAUUUAUAUCUAUUUUGGUAUAUUUUCUUUUUUUGUUUGUCUGAUUUAUUGUAGAUCAGGGUUUGCUUUACUAGCUUUCGAUGACACCUGAUUAUUUCUAUCCAAACAAAAACUACUACGACACAUGGCAAAGACUUCGACUCCUCCUAUGAUAUAUGGUCGGCAAGUAAGAAAAUAUAUUAUCCUUUUUCCAACGAGAGAGUUCAACAAGUCACGUUGGUCUGCCAUUUUAGUAAUAGUAAAACAUUAUUAAAUGAACUUGUAUGAAAAAAGAUAGUGGAAGUAAAUGUUGACAUAAUAUAAGGACUUAUAGACUGUAAAUUGUACUUCUUGUUUGACGAAUGGUAUCAUGAAAGUAAAGUUUUCUUGAAUUCUAAGACUGAUGAGUGCGCGCGGAAGUCAAAGGUUGUUGGCACCACCACUAGCAAGUGUCACUUAUCAUGGUGUAGUUUUGGUUACUUGGUUCACUCUGAUGUCUCUAUAAAUAGAAAAAUCUGCAUUGAUAUACAUAUUGUCCACCUCAAGCAAUAACAACCUUUCCUCAUCAGUCCACCACGCCACAUUUUCAAAAUUUAAAUUUGAUGAGUUAAACUUUCAAAAUUUUAUUAUUAAUUAUUACAUGGAAAUUUUUGGAUUCAAAAUUUAAUUUGAUACUUAUAGUAUGUUGGUGUAAAAAAUACCGUGUUCAGUUGGAUCCCAUUGGAUAAAAUCUCCAUCUAUUGACUGCUGCGGCCUAGCACGUAUGUGGACCUCUAUUCUAAGUAACUAGUGUAUUAUGGUAAAUUUAGUAAUGUGUCGUAUAUAAGUUGUAUCAAAAAUACCGUAUUCAGUUGAACCUGUUGAAUAAAAUCUCUAUCUGCUGAAUGCCCCCGCCUAGCACGUCCGUGGACCUCUAUUCUAAGUAACUAGUGUAUAUAAAUAGCUAGCUAACUGCUCAUUCAUAUUAAACCCAAGGCUAGCUCCAAUUUCACUAAAAGGGGCUCUGCAUAUUUUAACUGGUUGUGAUAUUUCUGUCGUAGCCAAAGCCAAAAGCUUGCCGGAAAACCAGAGGAUGAUGCCACCAACUUUAAAACUGCUACUAUGGUGCUGCUUGUGUUUGUGUGGUGUUUUUACGACGACGUAUGCUCGUCCUCAGCCUCGAAAUCUGAUCGUUGAUUCAAAUUCCACUACUUCCAACGACGAGUUCAUCCGCAGAAGCCUCUUGAGCAAUGGCCUCGGCCGAACUCCUCAAAUGGGAUGGAGCAGCUGGAAUCAUUUUGCUUGUAAUAUUGAGGAGAAAAUGAUAAGAGAAACAGCUGAUGCAAUGGUAUCUACUGGACUUGCUUCUCUUGGUUAUGAAUACAUCAACAUAGAUGACUGCUGGGCCGAACUCAACAGAGACUCUCAGGGAAAUAUGGUUCCUAAAGGUUCUACUUUUCCUUCUGGAAUUAAAGCACUAGCAGAUUAUGUUCAUGGCAAAGGAUUGAAGCUCGGAAUUUAUUCUGAUGCUGGGAGUCAGACGUGUAGUAAACAAAUGCCAGGUUCAUUAGGACAUGAAGAACAAGAUGCAAAAACUUUUGCUUCCUGGGGCGUUGAUUACUUGAAGUAUGAUAACUGUAACAACGAGAAUCGAAGUCCAAGAGAAAGGUAUCCCAUAAUGAGCAAAGCUUUACAGAACUCUGGAAGGGCUAUAUUUUAUUCCCUAUGCGAAUGGGGAGAUGAUGAUCCUGCCACUUGGGCUUCCUCUGUUGGAAAUAGUUGGAGAACUACUGGAGAUAUUUCUGAUAAUUGGGACAGCAUGACUUCUCGGGCAGAUAUGAAUGACAAAUGGGCAUCUUAUGCUGGUCCAGGUGGCUGGAACGAUCCAGACAUGUUGGAAGUUGGAAAUGGAGGAAUGACAACGGCAGAAUAUCGUUCCCAUUUCAGCAUAUGGGCAUUAGCAAAAGCGCCUUUAAUAAUAGGUUGUGAUUUACGUUCGAUGGACCAAACUGCCCAUGAAAUCCUAAGCAACAAAGAAGUUAUUGCAGUUAAUCAAGAUAGACUUGGAGUUCAAGGUAAAAAAGUAAAGCAGGAUGGAGAAUUGGAGGUUUGGGCAGGACCUUUAAGUGGCAAAAGGGUAGCAGUGGUGCUAUGGAAUAGAAGUUCAUCGAAAGCUGAUAUCACUGCUUAUUGGUCUGAUAUAGGCCUUGAUUCUUCCACUGUUGUUGAUGCACGAGACUUGUGGGCUCAUUCAACAAAAGGAUCAGUUAAAGGACAAAUAUCAGCUAGCAUUGAUUCCCAUGAUUGCAGGAUGUAUGUUCUCACUCCUACAAAAUAAGUUCAACCAAAUUAUGUUUGGAUAAAUUAUGUGGAAAAUACCACAUUGCUGAAGGAGGCAUAUAUACCUCAUUUAAUUAGAAUAAGAAAAAUAAGUUAUGUAGUUUUUAUUUGUCAGCUAGCACGAAAGACUGUCAUUUUACUAUAUGGAGAUGUAUUGAACUUAGUGCAUGAUGUUUUCUUUCUCUCUAUUUACUUUAUGUUUAUCAUUUUAUUA